AUGGCAGAAGAAGAGGGUACAGAUGUUGACAUUUCCCAUGAUGUAUUUCUUAUCCACGCCAAUGAACCGAUGGAAGAGAGGAAUUUUGCACUAAAAACUGUAAAACCUUUAUUAAAAUUUAAAGGUCUCAAGGUAAUGACUGAUGAAGAUGACUUUUUAGGAGGACAAAAGGUGUUUGACAACAUCGCUUUAGCAAUAAGAAGCUGCAGGAAGUCUCUUAUCAUACUCACAGAACAUUCCCACAAAAGUCCGUGGUGCUCUCUAGAACUUCUUAUGGCUUUGGAGAAAUCUCACAGACGUAACAUCAUGUCUGUUGUUGUCUUAUGGAAAGGAAAUUCAGUUGAGUGGGGAGAUCAACUGGCAUUGGAGAUACUUAGUAUGGUUCCACGUGUAGACAUUGGGGACUUCAACGAUAUUAACCACAAAUUAGACGAACUUGUUGAUAAAAUCAGAGAGAGAAAGUGUGUUGAAGAACUUUUGCCUGCAGGAAACAUUGCACAUGCUCAAGUCUGGUCCCACUAUACAGGAUUAUUGCAGUACUUGCUUCCAGAAAUCGCAGAUCUUAUAAAAGGUACAGACCUGUACAAGAAAAACCCCUCCAGGUUUUCUUUGAAGUUGUAUGAACUGGUCCCUGAAAACUGUCGUUGUCCAUGGGUUAUUGAGGAUAUUCCGGAAGAGAAGUCUGGAAAAAGAAUCGAUGCCAUGACUGAAAAACUGCCAACAUUAACGUACCAAAGGGCUGGAAAUACCAGAUCCGUUAAUAUGACCAUUUACUGCGUAAAAGACAAAGAUGGCACGGAAUACUACUGUGUAGCAGAGUAUCCGGCCGUUUUAGCAGGAAUUCAGAAGAUGGUUGAAGAAACGUCAACAAAGUUACAAGAGUGUGACAGGCGCAUGCAAGUUGGGCGAUUCUACUACACACUGGUGGCUCUUUUACAUCACGAAAGCUUGGAAAAUACUUUGAAUAAAGCAAAUGUCAUAAUGUACAAUGAAAACAGACCAGGGUUUGUUUUAGCAGACGAAAUGUUGAAAGCAAUCAAACAGGACUUACAUCUGGAAUUUUUUAAAGAUGGAAGGAUUGAAAUACCAUUGGAUAGAUUGAGCUCAAAAGACCCAGAGGAAUUUGAGAAAGAAGCUUUUCUGUUUUGCCAUAGUAGUGAAGCAAGUGAAUUUAUAGCUCUCGAAAUUGAAGAAUACCUGAAAAGUAAAGGUGUAAAAGUCUAUGAAGGAGGACAUCAGCCUGGGCAAAGGUCUUUUUAUCUUGAUGAGGCUAUCACAAAGUCCUACUGGACUAUAGUGGUCAUAACACGAGAGGCCCUCCAUGACAAACAAUUUACAAUGCAAAUUUUAAGCCUACUUGAAACAUUUCUUCAAGAAAAGAAAAUUAGGCUAAUACCAGUUUUAGUAGACACAAGAUAUGUAGACAUCCCAGAUGCUGUGCGGUUUGUUACGUAUGUUGCUGUUGAUAAAAACAAGAGAUACCUGGAAAGACUUCUCUGUACUUUAAAAGGAAAGGAUAUCCAAUUUGAGAAGGGAACUCUGAUACCAGCAGGAGACGUGGCAUAUGGAUUAGCCUGGACUUAUGUUCUCAACUACUUACAGUUUGUUCUAAUGGAUCCAGAACAGGAGGGGGCAGAUGGGUUAACUGAGACUAUCGAGAAAACCUUAGCAAAAUUCAACAAAAGCCCCUCCUUAUGCAAGAAGAAAGUGUACAUUAUUGUCCCGACUUCCUGUGAGUGCCACGCCUCGUUAGAAGAGGCUGACCCACGUAUUGAGUUAGUGGAAACCAUACACCCAGUUUACGUCAACCUUGCUGGAAAUAUACGGCGAAAAUAUAGCUUCGACAUGUACACAUUUAAAGAUAAUGGCAAAGAGUAUUUCUUUGUUGGCCAGUAUGCAGCUCCUGCAACCUGCCUGAAUGACAUGUGGAAACUGAAGAUCGCAGGGUUAAAUGAAGUGAACAUGGUUAUACAGGCCAAGAAAUUCUGCCAUGAAAUCCAAAAUAUUUUGAAUCAAAAAUUGGUUGAAGAAUUUGCACACAAAUGUGAGGUUGUAUUCUAUGAUGAUUUUAAGUUUUCUCUCUCAGAAGAAAUGAAAAAGAGGAUGCAUUGAAUCAAAAUAGUCAUUUUAUAACGGCUCUAAAUACAUGCAUCAAACGAUUUUACGCAGGUACUGUGUAUCCUGUUAGAAAAUAUUGGACGCCUUUAAUACAGACACUGCAUGAUCUCAUUAAAAUGUUUAGAAACUUAUGAUUAUGUUGCAAGUACAAUGCUUAAUAUUUAGGAACCAAACAAACAAAAUAUAACCCAAUUACAGUCAGACAUAAGUUUAUUUUUGAUUGUAUGCAGCAGUAGCACCUACAGAUGGAGUAUCCUUUAUCUUGAAAUUUUGGCAUUAUUGUUUUGAUUGGCUUCAGUGUUAUGAAAUUCAAAUGUAUGGCUAAUUCCUUUAAAAAAAAUACAGGUUGUAUGUCAUAGAAUUAACAUUAGUUUAGCAAUUCAAAAUGCAAAGAAGGUUCUUUGUUUAAUAUGGAGACUCCAAUUUUUUAGUAAUAUUAAACCAUAUUUAGUAUAGUAUACAACAUUAUAUUGAUAAAGAGAAGGGUCAUGUGUUGCACAAUUUGACGUCAUCAAUUUAAUGCUAAAGAGCAUGAUGUAUAUGUAAACAUAGACAACUUCAGUCUGUGUAAAAAGAAUCGAGAUGAGCAAUUAGCUUUAGCGGUAGGUUUAAGAUCCUCAUUGUCAUACUUCGAAAUUGUUAACCUUCAGAUGAGUGUUAGAUUUUUUCAAUUCACAUUCCAUGAAUAUGCGACUAGGACCAUGCGAAAAGGUAUUUCUUAAAACUUUUUUCGUUAACUCAUUAGAUGUCCUUGAAAUUGUAUUUAUUUAUAAUAGGAAAUUUAUUUUAAAAGUGCUUUUGUUUGUCUUUAUAGGAAUAUUGUAUUUACUUAGUACAUGUAAUUUACAUAUAUGUUUUCUUCUAUUUUAUAUAUGAUUUUGGCUGUUGGUUAUAGGUAUCUUACCUGUGCUUUAAAGUUGACAUGAACUCUGUGUUAUUUCUUCCUUAAUUUACGAUAAAAUUAUGAGUUUUGUGAUAAUUUAUAUCGUUUUGUACACGAUGUCUUUUUUCUCAUUUGAUGACAAUUGAGACAUGACACUUUUA